AUGUCAGUUUCUGAAAAUAUUGCUAAGACCGCUCGUGCAGCUGGAAACAUUUUAAAAACUCUUAGCGAUGAAGAUCGUUCAGCUAUAUUAUACAAAAUACAUGAUGGUUUGAAAGCGAACGCUUCUUCCAUUGAGAAAGCAAAUAAGCUGGAUUUAGAGCAUGCUAAGGCUGUAAAUCUAUCUGAUUCACUUGUGAAAAGAUUAGACUUGUUCAAAGGUGACAAGUUUGAUACAAUGUUACAAGGUAUCAUCGAUGUUGCUAAAUUGCAAGACCCUGUUGGUAAGGUCAACUUUGCUAGAGAGUUGGAUGAAAACUUGACCUUAUACCAAGUCACAGCACCAGUAGGUGUAUUACUAGUUAUUUUUGAAUCUAGACCUGAGGUUAUCGCAAAUAUUACAGCAUUGUCAAUCAAGUCUGGUAAUGCAGCAAUCUUGAAAGGUGGUAAAGAAUCUUUGAACACUUUCAAGGAGAUGUCGCGCAUUAUCAACAGCGUUAUCUCGAACAAUGUAGAAACCUGUCAUGUUCCAGAAGGUGCUAUUCAAUUGAUUGAAACUAGAGAAGAUGUUUCUGAUCUUUUGCAGCAAGAUGAGUAUAUUGAUUUGGUCAUUCCUCGUGGGUCAAAUGCACUAGUAAGGCAAAUCAAAUCGUCGACUAAAAUCCCAGUGUUGGGACAUGCUGAUGGUAUCUGCUCUAUUUACGUCGAUGAAAGUGCAGAUCUUGAAAAAGCUAAGAGAAUUCUUGUUGAUGCUAAGACCAAUUACCCAGCAGGUUGUAACGCAGUAGAAACUCUUUUGAUCAAUCCAAAACUACAAAAUUGGUGGGAAGUUUUGGACGCUUUAAUUGAAAAUGGAGUUACUCUACAUCUAUCCGAUGAAGUAAAAAAGAGCUACUCGGAGCAUCACGACAUAAGUGAACAUGUUGUAAAUUUGGAUGAAUCUGUUGACUUUGACAAAGAAUUCUUGUCUCUUGAUAUUGCCGUAACCUUUAUUAAUUCUGUUAAGGAAGCGGUAUCACACAUCAAUUCUCACUCCUCGAAGCACACUGAUGCCAUUGUUACGGAAAAUUCUGAGAACGCCGAAUAUUUCUUGAAAGCUGUGGACUCCUCUAGUGUUUAUUGGAACGCAUCUACCAGAUUCGCAGACGGUUUCAGAUACGGAUUUGGAACAGAAGUUGGUAUAUCUACUUCUAAGAUACAUGCACGUGGUCCUGUUGGACUUGAUGGUCUUGUUACCUAUCAAUAUCAAUUGAGAGGUAAUGGACAAGUUGCUAGUGACUACUUGGGAGCUGGUGGUAAGAAGGCAUUCAUUCAUAAGAAUCUUGAUGUUAAGGGCAUCACAAUUUGA